AUGUGUUUUUGCAACAUUUUUCCCUUAAUUUUACUUUUACUUUUUUUUUUUCUUGGCAUUUUUUGUUUUUCCUUGCUUUUUUUCUUUUCUCCAUUUUUUCCUUCUCCUUUUUUCUCCUCCUCCUCCUUUUUUUUCUCCUCCUCCUCCUCCUCUUUUUCUUCCUCCUCCUCCUCUCUUUCUUCCUCCUCCUCCUCUCUUUCUUCCUCCUCCUCCUCUCUUUCUUCCUCCUCUUCCUUUUUCCCUUUCUUCCUCCUCUUCCUUUUUCCCUUUCUUCCUCCUCUUCCUUUUUCCCUUUCUUCCUCCUCUUCCUUUUUCCUCUUCUUUUUCCCCUUCUUUCUUUUUCCCUUCUUUCUUUUCUUUUCCCUUUCUUCUUCCUCUUUUCUUUUCCCUUUCUUCUUCCUCUUUUCUUUUUCCCUUUCUUCUUCCUCUUUUCUUUUUCCCUUUCUUCUUCCUCUUUUCUUUUUCCCUUUCUUCUUCCUCUUUUCUUUUUCCCUUUCUUCUUCCUCUUUUCUUUUUCCCUUUCUUCUUCCUCUUUUCUUUUUCCCUUUCUUCUUCCUCUUUCUUUUCCUUUUUCUUCCUCUUUUCUUUUUUCCCUUUCUUCUUUUUUUUCUUUUCCUUUCUUCUUCCUCUUUUCUUUUUCCUUUCUUCUUCCUCUUUUCUUUCCCUUUCUUCUUCCUCUUUUCUUUUCCUUUCUUCUUCCUCUUUUCUUUUCCCUUUCUUCUUCCUUUUCUUUUCUUUUCCCUUUUCUUUUCCCUUUCUUCUUCCUCUUUUCUUUUUCCCUUUCUUCUUCCUCUUUUCUUUUUCCCUUUCUUCUUCCUCUUUUCUUUUUCCUUUCUUCUUUCCUUUUCCUUUCUUCUUCCUUUUUCCCUUUCUUCUUCCUCUUUUCUUUUCCUUUCUUCUUCCUCUUUCUUUUUCCUUUCUUCUUCUUUUCUUUUCUUUUUCUUCCUCUUUUCUUUUCCUUUCUUCUUCCUUUUUUUUUUUUCCUUUCUUCUUCCUCUUUUCUUUUCCCUUUCUUCUUCUCUUUUUUUCCUCCUUUUUCCCUUUCUUCUUCCUCCUCUUUUUCCCUUUCUUCUUCCUCCUCUUUUUCCCUUUCUUCUUCCUCCUCUUUUUCCCUUUCUUCUUCCUCUUUUCUUUUUCCCUUUCUUCUUCCUCCUCUUUUUCCCUUUCUCUUUGUUGCUUUUGUAUUUUCAUAUUUCCUUUUUUUUCUCUUUUUUUCAUUAUUUUUAG